CCCUCCCUCCUUUUCCCCCCUCCUUUGGUGUGGCAAUGCUGCUCAGGCCCCAUCCCUUUGUUCCUGCUUUGGGCAUCACCAAUUCUUUGCGGACCCUGUUCUGCCCUGAAGAUGCAUCCAGGCCCGGCAUUCUCCAACUCCACACAGCUUCCAGAGAGAUAUUGUCAUCUCCAGCCCAGGAGAGUGCACCGAAGCCAUUCAGUGACUUGCCAGGAAAUUGGAAAGCCAGCUGGUUUAACCUCUAUCAGUUCUGGAAGGAGGGUGGAUUCCACAACCUUCACAACAUUAUGGUGGACAAAUUUAAGACCUUUGGUCCUAUUUAUAGGGAGAAACUGGGCAGCUACGAGAGCGUCAACAUUAUUGACCCCAAGGACGCCGCCAUCCUCUUCAAAUCAGAAGGCUUGUACCCGGAGAGAUUUACUGUGCCACCUUGGAUCGCAUAUCGGAACUUCCGUAACAAGCCCUGUGGGGUUCUCCUGAAGAAAGGAGACAGUUGGCGCCAGGACCGCCUAGCCCUGAACAAGGAAGCCAUGUCCCUCAAAGUCACGGAUAACUUUAUACCUCUCCUGAAUGAAGUCGGGGAAGAUUUUGUCAAGAGGAUGGAGAUGAAGGUUGGAAGCAGUCCGCAAAAUAAAUGGACAACUGAUCUGACCCACGAGCUUUUCCGGUUCGCCUUGGAAUCUAUAUGCAAUGUCCUCUACGGUAGCCGGUUGGGACUUCUUCAGGAUUUCAUUGACCCCGAGGCACAGAAGUUCAUUGAUGCCAUCACCUUGAUGUUUAAUUCCACUCUACCCAUGUUGUACAUACCACCAGAAUUUCUGCGCAGGAUCAAUUCCAAGUAUUGGCAGGACCAUGUCAAUGCUUGGGAUGUCAUCUUCAUGCAUGCUGACAAAUGUAUACAGAACAUCUACCAAGACCUCUGUCUUAACCAGCAGCGUGCCAAAGAAUACCGAGGUAUUCUCUGCAGCCUUUUGAUACAGAACCAGAUGCCAAUAGAAGACAUCAAAGCCAGCAUAACUGAGAUGAUGGCAGGAGGGGUGGACACGACUUCCAUCACCCUCCAGUGGGCUCUGUAUGAACUCGCUCGCGCGCCACACCUUCAGGACCAACUGAGAUCUGAAAUCUCUGCAGCCAAAGCAUCUUCCCAGGGAGAUGUUGCAAAGAUGAUGAAGUCCACCCCGUUGCUCAAAGCAACCAUCAAAGAAACACUAAGGCUCCAUCCAGUUGCAGUGACAUUGCAGAGAUACACAACCCAAGAGAUUGUGCUUCAGAAUUACCGUAUCCCUGCCAAUAUAUUAGUCCAGGUAGGACUUUAUGCCAUGUUUCGGGAUUCCAGAUUUUUCUCCAAACCUCUGCAGUUCAACCCAGAAAGGUGGAUUAAGACCGAAGACUCCAAAUAUUUCAGAGGAUUAAGUUUUGGUUUUGGGCCACGUCAGUGUCUUGGCCGCAGAAUUGCCGAGAUGGAGAUGCAGCUGUUUUUGAUCCAUAUGCUGGAAAAAUUCAAGAUUGAAAUAAAGAGAGGCGUGGAGGUUGGUACCACUUUUGGCCUUAUCCUGAUUCCAGACAAGCCAAUCUAUUUGACACUACGGCGCCAUCAUUCCCAGCAGUGAAUUGGGUUAAAUUUUCCACAAGCACCUGGUGCCUCUUUUAAAACGCUUGGAGAAGGGACGGAGUUGCCAGCUUGGCUCUUAGGGAUCACAGUCCAAUGGUGUUUCCAAUGUCAGAUGUUUACUAAACAUAAAAGUCAUCCCAAGGUUGGGGUGCAGCAGGAUAUUCUGGCUGUCUUAUAUAAUACAAUUUAGAUAGGAAAAAGAUUCUCCUGCCCAGAAACCCUGCACAUGUAGCACUCUACUAGGUUUAAUGUUAUUAGAUUUAAGAAGAUUCCUUCUCAUUGGAUGGAAGUACCUUUUUGCUGGACUGAGGUUGAAUCUCAUCCAUCUCAUCCAUAAUGUCCAACCAGAUCCCUUUGGGAAGCUUUUAAGGAAGGUAUGGUAUUUAUUAGGGUCUCUCAACUUUUGAUUUUUUCCUUUCGGGCAAUGGUAGAAGUCUACGUCUGAAGGCAGAGGCUAUAUCUUUUGGUUGACCUCUUCUCUGUCCAUUUCUCUAGUCCAUUACAACUUUCUGAGCUAUUAACAUGUCAAUUCUGUGUGCUGGAUGAAAUAAAGUUAUUUUCCUCGUUUUUGAAUCUCCUGACAAACUGACGCAUUUAGGGUGCCCACCCUAAAACCCUAGGCCAACAUAAGCAAAUACAUGAAUGAGGAGUCUUAAUUUUAAAGUAAUCAUGGUUAGAUGGUCAGAUCCUCUCCACAAUUUGUUUCCAACCAGGAUUUCUCUUAUGCUCCGAUAAAGUUUUUGAAAUGCAAUGUUCUGUAACCAAGUCCGAAAACUAAGAUCAUAAUAAAGUCAG